AUGACCAAGAAAAGAAGGAACAACAGUUGUGCCAAAAAAGGCCCUGGCCAUGUGCAGCCUAUUUGUUGUACCAGCUGCACCCGUUGCGCACCCAAGGACAAGGCCAUUAAGAAGUUCCUCAUUCAAAACAUAGUAGAGGCCACAACUGUUAGGGACAUUUCUGAAGCAAGUGUCUUCAACGCCUAUGUGCUUCCCAAGCUGUAUGUGAAACUACAUUCCUGUGUGAGCCGUGCCCUUCACAGCAAGGUAGUCAGGAAUCGUUCUCGUGAAGCCCGGAAGGACCGAACACCCCCACCCCGGUUUAGACCUGCGGGUGCUGCCCCACAACCUCCACCAAAGCCCAUGUAA